AUGGAAGUUGAUAGUGUAGUAUCGGCUGAGAAACUAGGUCAAGACAGAAAGUGUGAGAAUUGUGAUAAUGAUUAUAAGUAUAAAUGCCCAGCAUGUAAUACGAAAUCAUGUAGUUUAGAGUGUGUAAAUUAUCACAAAUUUAAAACAGGAUGUGAUGGAGACGGGUUGAAAAAACAUAUUGAAAGAAAUAUUGUUAUAAGUAAAUAUAACAGUGACGAUAUGUGGAGAGAUUUUAACUUUUUAGAAGAUGUGAAAAGAAGAGUGUUAAAUGCAUCAAGAAAUCAAGUAAAAGAGAAAUACGUUGAGAACCAAACAGUACAACAAAAUUAUGGGUUAUUUAGCAGUUUAAGAAGAAGAAUUGGAGAACAUAAAAAGAAAAACAGAAUGGGCGAAGAACAAAAGCUUGUGACUGUAAUAAAGGAAAGUAACAACUUAUCUAAGCAUAGUCCUAUCCCAUUAUUAAAAAAGGCUUGUAGUUUGAGAAAGAUUAAGAUAAGUUUUUGUCCGAUAAAUGAGAUGCAGAUAAGAAAGAAUAAUACAACAUAUUAUAAUAAAAAAGACGAUUUAUUAUUAUGGAAGAUGGAAUUUAGAAUAUAUGAAGAUAAAGAUUUGAUAGAAAAGAAACAUUUGGAUAGUGUAUCUGAAAAUGAAAUAGUUUCUGAAGUAAUAUUAAAGCUAAUGAGUAACAUAGAUCAAAGCAUGAUUAAAGAGGUGUUUUUAAUGGAUAACUUUAAAGAUAAAGCCAAUCGAACUUUACAAGAAAUAGAUAUAAGUAAAAGCUUUAGAGAUAAUUUAAUGGGAAAAAAUAUUGUAGAAUUUCCAAGAUUUAAAAUAGAAAUACAAAAGAAAUAA